ACUCACCACCCACCCCUGCACCCCCCGUCAAACUGCGGGCCAAUGAGGCACCCCACAAUUGAGAUUGACCUCGAUUGCUGGGCCUCGCAACAUCGUCCAACUCCAACAGAGGCGCCCCCCCAUCCCUAUCUGCCGAAUCCCCGGUCGACCGUCCCUCAAACACCGCCCAAGAUGGCUGCCCGAAAGCCGGCCUUCAACCAGCACGUCCUCUACGACACCACUCCGCUGCCGGACUCGAUUCCCAAGGUCAAGGAGAUCGGCGCCAGCUCCGCGCCCCUGUUGUCGGCCGCCUUCUUCAUCGGGGCCCGGUGCCGGGACUACAACGAUGACUUCAUGCAGUGCAAGAACGAGAACCCCGGCACCGGCGAGGCCAAGUGCCUGACCGAGGGCCGCAGGGUCACGCGCUGCGCCCGGAGCGUCCUCGAGGACAUCAAUAAGUCAUGUCUCGACGAGUUCCGCAAGCACUGGCAGUGCCUCGACAACAACAACCACCAGCUAUGGCAGUGCCGUGCCGACGAGUGGAAGCUCAACAAAUGCGUCUACGACAAGACUGGUCUGGAGAAGGUCAUCCCUGACCAGCCCAAGAACUCGACCCCAGUCCACCUCCGCCGACAGCAGAUAUUCGCACACUACCCCAUCAUGCCAAACCAGAAGCCCUUUACCCCGGAAAAGAAGGACGCCGCCGCCGACACACCUACGGCGUCGUGAUUGGAGAUAUGUUUGUGCUUGCCGGGGAGAGAUGUCACCGGAGCGGCAGGUAGGCCACGAUGUAAAGCCCCGGUCAUUGUAUCAUUGCGUCGUGCCGCCUGGCGAUGAUGCGCGCGCAAUGAGCCCCUUGCGAAACAGCCAUCUACGACGGUGGGGGCAGUGGAUGAGCGUCGUGAGAGCCAGCCGUAUCCCACCGAAAAAGUCCAACCAUCGAUUCGACAGGACCUACGGACACCGGCGAGGCAGUAGGCUCCACACGACGUUGUACAUAGAGACUCGUCUUGAAAGCAAGAUGACAAGAGCUACCACAACAAGAAAAAAUUACUCGUCUGUGUAAUUGCCCCUCGGUUGGCAUUUGGUACCCUCUUCAGGAGUCUUCAGGGCGUGUAGGGACUUGUUUGGCUGGUGGUGUCUGCUUGCGCACCAUUGCGAGCACCGCCAGCACACACACCAUCUAUCAAGACUUCAUGAGAGAUAUCUGGGUAAGGUGUGACUGCCAGAGGCCCACGUUGUGCGGGUGCAACAGUAACGAUGCAGCGCCGUCGCGCCGUCUGCACCACACCAAAAAGCCCACCUUCUGCGCUGGCCAUCCAGCAGCGGCUACCUGCUUCCUUGCUACGCUAGAGGAACGACAUCAAAGUUGCGGUACGUGAUUCGAUUCCGGCCGCGCGUGAUGCCUUCUAGCCGUAUCGACAUCAUACAGGAGACCCGAUCAGCCAGGCCCACGGGCUCUGCUUCCUCGCCCCUGUACCCCUCGGCGACGAGCGGCCACGCCGGAGGCCGCGAGAAAAGAUCUCUGCCAGUCAUUCGGGUCGAGGGAUGUUGGGGCAAAGACAAGGCAGCGUGGUGUCUCGAGCACAAAAGACGAGUGACAGUUGGGUUCCUCAUGUCUCGAACUAUCGCCCUUUCUCUUCGAGUGGACAAGCAGAGUCGAUUUGUCCUCCAUGUUGUGUUAGUUUCGCUAAAAGAGGCGCCUUCCAAGAACUCGGGAAUGGCGAGGAACAUGGCGACGGGAAUCUUUGAGCCACUAGGCUGCGAGCCACCUGAAUUUUGUCAGAUAUGAUAGGCCUCACCAUAUUUGGAUGCGAUAUGUGCUGUUACCUUGACCACACGCUGCGGUAUCUGGACCAUGUGUUGGGCGACAAGGCGAUCUAGGCGAGCUUGUGCGCCUCUUCUGUGGGCGAUCCCUUGGCUGGCGGGGGUUUUUAUGACUGUGUUCAGGUGCAUUGCCGUGUCUGGCAGGGAGAUGGCUUGAAGUCUUCUUUUACGUCUAUUUCUCCGCCUCUCUUACUUUCAGGCUAUCGCUAGGGCAGAUAACUACAGCGGAACAGACUACCAAGGCUAACUACGAUGAUUAAGCCCCUGUUUCUUUUGCGCACGACGUUUGAGGCCUCGUAGUAGCAUAGGGCUAUUUAAUAACACGUUCGAUAGAACCUUUCUGUCUCAAUAACCCACUAACCCACUGUCCCUAGCCCGGCACUGGUCGAGUUAUCAUGGCAUAUGGCCCU